AAUCAAGGUAAUGUGUACACAGCUAAUCGUGUUCGUGAGUGAUCUGUUUUUUUCUUUGCUAUCCAAAGGACGCAAAUUGCGACGAAAACUUAAAAGUUAACCACCGUAUUCGGACCAUCGCCCACACCACGCAUGACGUCAGAGGGUCACGUGAGCCAAUGAUCAGUGUCCUUUGGAGAUCGGAUAAAUUUUAAGAUAUUGUAAUUGUAGACAUGUAGAUGGGCCUCCAGUCACCCCCACCCGUACGUUCCUCAACAAGCCGAGCGAUUCACAUUGAUUCGCACGUCCGUCAAAUACUUUUUUCAAUUUAAUGCUGCGAACUGACUAUAAAGCUGGACCCUCAAUCAUCCAUCCGUCACCCGCCCGUCCGUAAAUCACGUGACCUUCAGCCAAUCAGAUGUCCCGGGAAAUUCCAUCCGUCCAUCGAAACCUAACCAAACUUUAACUUUCGAUGGACGGACGGAUGAAAAUAACACAUAGGUACUAAAAAAAACAAAACACAUGAGUAAUAUUAAAUAAUAAAUACGUAAUGAAUUUUUUUACUGAAAAAACGUUUAUUGGUAAAUAUCUACAUUAUUUUCCAGAAGCCGCUACUCUACAUAUUUACGUACUCAUUUAUUUUCUACCCAAAUAUUUGCUAAAGAUUGAUUCCUUUUAAAAGGUAUAAUAUCAUUAUGUACUAUAGAGAUUAAAAAAAUCAAUGUACAACUACAUAUUCUUAAGUACUUUUGAAUCAACAAAAACUAAAGAAAAUUAAUUUUCACAUAUGUAAAACAAAAAUAUAAAUAGAGAUUGAUCUUAACUGAAGUCUAAAAAAGUUUUUAAAAUGAAAUGAUCCAAGUGUUUAUAAAUACCUAAAUAAGUGAAUCUCUACUUUUUCCAUAAAAAUUAAUGUUUAUGUAUUAACAAAAUUACUUAUUUACACAAUAAAUAAAGUUUGCUUGUUUAAUUCAAGAUGCUAAGGAUGUGUGUGACCUACACCCACUCAGAUGACCUAAACAAAGUUUGGGAUUUUAAAUACUAUUUUCAUGUUUUUAUUGAAAACACUGAGUAGUUUUUGAAGGGGGGAAAAACUUAUAAUUUGAAACUCUGUAGUAUAUCAGCAUUCAAUUAUUUUUCAUUAUUCACUUGAAAUGGAAAACAAAUUAGAGUAGGUACAAAAACAAUUAAGGUGGAAUAAAGUUUUGGCCUCAGCCAUAAUGUACUGACAUUAAAAAUCCCUGUCUUUUUGGAAACAGUCUUUGCUACGCUAUACCAGAGCUGCCACAAAAAUCAGGCCAAUCUCUUAUGUAAAAAGAGUCUCAGCCAAUGAGAUUAUAAAUUGCAAUGAUGACAUCAUAAUUCAAAAUGAUGGAUGUAAUAUCAAAAUUCAAAAUGGUGAAAAGUUCUAGAAUCCCAAAUGGCAGAAAACAAAAUGGCGGAUGUGACAUACUUCCAAAUGGUAGAAUGCAAAAUGGCGGAUAUGAAAUCAUCCAAGAUGGCAGCUGGAGUCAAGGUCAUGAUCAUCCAAGACAGCCACCGUGACGUCACGAUCCAAGAUGGUAGACAUCGACUCCAGCUCCUCAUCCAUUUUUGGAAUUCCCCGGUGAUGCUUGUGCACAUGUUGGACCUGCACGUUGACCCCAGAUGCAGCCCCGGGAGCGAGGUGCCUUGAGGGCGGCCCUCGUGCUGUUGCGAGACGCAGCCAGGCGGGACGACAUGCCCCUGGGGACCAUGUGCUCCGUGCUGCGGGGCAUCAGACACCAGGACCUGAAAUGAAGAGUGCGGACUCGAUCCAGUGUCAAGUGUGCAUGGCCACCAUCAAAGAAGUGCUCGCAGUGUACUACGAGAACAGAUCGGCAGAUGCUCUGCGUAACAUCACGAUCGACCUCUGCGUGACGCUGAAGAUAGAAACUGCAGAUGUCUGUGAAGGCAUUGUCGACGUUCAUCUGGAGGAAGUGGUGCAGCUGGCGGAGCUAGCGAACAACUCGACCGUGCGUCGACUGUGCGGCCUCUACAACAACCUCUGCCCGUUCGAAGACGAGUGGACCGUGGACAUCGACUUGGGCACCAAACCCGCCGUGACGCAGCACACCAAAGUGUCUGCAGAUGACAGGCUGACGAUCGUCCACGUGACGGACAUGCACUACGACCCGGCGUACCUGGAAGGGGGCAACGGGGCGUGCGGGGAGCCGACCUGCUGCCGCAAGGAGCAGGGGAACGCCUCGCGCGGGGACGCAGCCGCCGGCCACUGGGGCGACUACCGGCACUGCGACACCCCCUUGGCGUCCGUCGAGAACACCCUGCGGCAGAUCAGGCGGCAAGAGCCGAAAAUUGACUAUGUGUACAUGACCGGAGACUUCGUGGACCACGGAGUGUGGAAGGCAAGCAGAGAAAUAAAUUCAGCAUCCAUCACCAAGGUCGUCAAUGCUGUCAAAGCGACUUUUCCUGAUGUGCCAAUUAUAUUCACCCUUGGCAAUCAUGAACCUGUGCCAGUCAACCAGUACGCUCCGCUGAGCGCCAGCGACGGCGUGUCCAGCCGGUGGCUGUACCAGCUGGUGGCGGAGCUGUGGGCGCCCUACCUCACGGACGAUGCCAGGAAGACCAUUCUCUCGGGCGGCUACUACACGCUCAAGCUCAGAGACGGCUUCAGGGUCGUCGUCCUCAAUAACGUUGCCGGCUACAGCUCGAACUUCUGGAUGGCGCUGGAGAGCCGCGACCCGUACGGGCAGCUGGCCUGGCUGGCGGAGACGCUGCUGCGGGCGGAACGCGACGGGGAGAAGGUACACAUCCUCUACCACGUGCAGAUGCAGAGCUGCCUCGCCACCUGGAGCCGCGAGUACCACAAGAUCGUCGACAGGUUCGAGAACAUCAUCACCGGACAGUUCAACGGCCACACGCACACGGACGAGUUCCAGGUGUUCUACUCUCUCGACGACGACACGCGAGCCAACAGCGUGUUGUUCAACGGCGGCAGCGGCACGGCCAACGCCAACGUAAACCCAAACUACAGGGUGUACACCGUGGACCCAGCGACCUGGUACGUGCACGACGCGGAGACGUGGGUGUUCAACCUGACCGAGGCCAACCUGCGGCCAGGCGAGGACCCCGCGUGGUACCGGCUCUACUCGUUCCGGGAGGCGUUCGGCGUGAGCAGCCUGGCGCCCUGGGAGCUGGAGGGGCUGGUGGACCGCCUGAGCGGCGACCCCCGGCUGCUGCGCCAGUACAGCAGGUACUUUGUAAAAAACGCAGAUGAGUCCAUAGCAGGCAGCUGUGGCGAUGACUGCUUGAAAGAAAAAUUGUGCACUGUUGUGACAACAAAUCAAGAGAGUAGUGACCACUGCGACCGGUUGAAAGCAAAGUUUGAUGGAGCACAAACUUCAGGAACGCCAUCAUCUCCCGCACUAACAACACAGUCGCAAUCGUCUGCACAAACAGCACAGUCGCAAUCGUCUGCACAAACAGCACAGUCGCAAUCGUCUGCACAAACAGCACAGUCGCAAUCGUCUGCACAAACAGCACAGUCGCAAUCGUCUGCACAAACAGCACAGUCACAAUCGUCUGCACAAACAACACAGUCGCAAUCGUCUGCACAAACAGCACAGUCGCAAUCCUCUGCACAAACAGCACAAUCGCCAAACAUGCAAACUUCGACAGUGCCAUCAACAACACCCGGAAGUGCAUUCAGCCACGUCCCUUCAAAAAUUCUAUUGUGCAUUGUCCUCUACAAUUUAUUUCAAUAAUAUUGAAUAUUUGCACCUUAUUUUGUGUAACAGGUAAGAAGUAAUUGAUGAACGAAUUAUGUACUACUUCACACCCUCAAAAUAAUUUUUUAAGAUCUCCGGUUACUCCAAGAACUUUUCUCAGACUAACUGACUGUAGUAAGACAUUUGUUUGUACAGUAAACAACACAAUAAAUUCAGUAUACUUCUUAGUAAUUUUUUUUUUAAUGCAUGUAGUAUUUUUGCACUUAACAUACUUAAUUUUAUAUAUAUAUAUUUUUUAUUGCUGUAAAACAUUGUUUAAAAUAACUUAUCAUAGAAAGCAAUAUUAUGUUGCAUUGUACAAAUAUUGUUCAAUGUUAAGAGAGAAAAAAAAUCUAAAGUGAUGUAUUUUUUUUAUUGACCUUGUGGUUUGAUUUGUAGAUGGAUUUAAUGCUUGAAGUUAUAAAAUUCUUAAGUGACAUUUAAUAAUUGGUCAAUUUUAGAACAUGUAUGCAAAUAAAUGUGUCACACGAAUGGAAUAUAUAUUUUUUU